AUGGCUCGAGUUCCAUUUUGGUCUGCAAUAACGCGAAGAAAAACUUUCGAAGGUGGUUCACAUCUCACAUCAAAUCUAAAAAGAUGUCUAACCCUUUCUGAUGUCACAUUCCUAGCCCUCGGUCAAAUGCUCGGAGCAGGAAUCUAUAUUCUAACCGGUUCAGUAAUUCACAAUCAAGCUGGUCCAAGUAUAGUUUUAUCAUUUAUGUUAGCUGGUUUUGCGGCUCUUUUAUCUGCCUUCAGUUAUGCUGAAUUUGGUGCAAGGUUUCCACGAGCUGGAAGUGCUUAUACUUACACAUAUAUUAGUUUUGGAGAAUUAUGGGCAUUUAUUGUUGGAUGGACAAUUCCUUUGGAAUAUAUGAUUGGAAAUGCAGCGGUUGCUAGAUCAUGGUCUGCAUAUUUUGAUAAUCUUCUUGGAAAUUGGUUUGAAAAUAAAACUUUGGAAUUGGUCGGAGAUUAUUGGCAGGUAGUUUAUUUUUCAAAUAAAAUUUUAUUUUUUCUGAAUACAUAAGUACAGUAAUGUUUUUUAAAGCCUGGUUCAUUUUUCUCAAUCUACCCGGAUAUUUUAUCAUUUUUCCUUGUUAUCAUUUGCUCAUGUAUAAUUGCUGUUGGCAGCAAAGCUUCGGCUAAUUUCAACACACUUUUUGCAAUUAUAAAUAUUGCCGUUGUUUUAAUCGUAAUUGUUUUUGGUCUAACUUAUGCUGAUUUUGAUAAUUGGACUGGAACAUCAGAAGAUGGAAUCUCGAAUUUUUUGCCGUUUGGAUGGACUGGAACACUUACUGGAGCUGCUACUUGUUUCUUUGCCUAUGUUGGAUUUGAAGUUUUGGCAUCAGCUGGAGAAGAAGUUCAGAGUUAGUUUUUUUGACAAAAAAAUACCCCCUCUGUUUGACCUCUAAUUGCAGUACUCAGAAGUUCAAUUUUUCAGAUCCUCAAAGAACAAUUCCAUUGGCAACAUUUCUUUCGAUUGGAAUUAUUAUGAUUUUAUAUAUUCUAGUUUCUUCUACAUUAACUCUUAUGAUUCCAUAUUACGAAGUUCAUGUGACUGCUCCAUUUACAGAAGCUUUUAAUAUGAAAGGAGCCCAUGUUAUAAAAUAUAUUAUUGCGAUUGGUGCAUUAGUUGGACUGACUAAUAAUCUUGUAAGUUAAAAAAAAAAACUUAAAAAAAAACGUUUUAAUUUACAAAAUAAAAGUUUAGGUAACUGGAAUAUUUGUACUUCCUCGAACAAUUUAUGCAAUGGCUGAUGAUGGAUUAAUUUUCAGUUUUUUGGCAAAAAUCAACGAAAAAUCAGCAGUUCCUCUAAAUGCAAUUAUAGUUUUUACAAUAAUUAAUGCAAUUAUGGCACUCGUUUUUGAUAUUCAAUCACUUGUCGAAUUUUUAUCAAUUGGAACACUUUUUGCUUAUUCAUUUGUAUCUGCUUCAGUUCUUGUUUUAAGAUAUCAAUCAGCUCCAAUCGAUAAUGAUGAAAAAAGGCAAGAUGAGGGUGGAACAUUGAAUGGAUGGAUUCCUUUUAGAAAUUUUUGGGAAAGUUUGCCGAAUGGAAGAUCGGUUUCGAUUGCUGUUACUUUGCUGAUCGUCGCUUAUUUUUGGUUGGCUUUCACAUUUAGAUUAGGUAAGUGGAAAAAGUUGGUCCGAUACUGUAUGGUCCCAAGUUAUUAGUUGAUUUGUGAUCCCUUAAGAUCUUACCUAGUUCUUUGGAUAAAGAAGUGAUUUAUCUUAUUUUUUUCGAAUUUUUAGAGUAUCAUCUGACAACUGCUGGUCAAAUAUCAAUUGGUAUCAAUGUUUUUAUUAUUCUUGUUAUUUUCCUAUUCAUCCUUGGGCACAAACAAAAUAGUCUCGAAUUGCGAUCAAAGGUAUGUAGAUUGUUUCCACGCGGAAAAAUUUCACAAACAUUUUUGUUCCAGGUUCCAUUCUUACCGUUCACCCCUUGUUUAUCACUUUUUGUCAAUGUUUUUAUGAUGACAUAUCUUGCAUAUUCCACGUGGAUUCGACUUUUUGGUUGGAUGGCAAUUGGUCUUUUUAUCUAUUUCACAUAUGGAAUUCAUAGCUCAAAAGAAGCGAAAAGAAUAGUUUCAAUUGGCGAAGUUCGAUCAAGUUCAACAUUUCCAAUGAAGAAUCGCGUUUCUGCGGCUACUAAUUAA